UUUUUUCUUCUUUUUUUAAAAUUUUUUUUAGAAAAAUGAUUAAAAUGUUCUCUUUACACAAUGUGUUGUCUUUUUGGGUUUUUGGGGGAGGGGUGGUCAAUUAGCUUGAAAUAAACUGUGAAACGGUCUUUUUUCAUAGAAGCCAAUAGUCUAGGCAACGACCUCAACCGUCAAAACCCAUUAGCUUUACAAAUACGCAGACCUAUUCGAAAUCCAAAGCCCAUCAAAACCCAUUGGCCUAUGUGGACUUCCCCAGCAAAUACUUUUCUCUCGCAUUCAGCCUUUCCCAUAUAAAUAUGAUAGACACGUCACCCUCGUAUAAAUACCCCACCAAAAAGCACGUUCUUAGUUUUCACGGCGUUGACAGAAACUCAUUCUCUCUCUGUGUCUGUGCCAAGGGUAACAUUCUCUCUCUCUGCCUUGUCAGUGCCUAGGCUUUCAACAACUACCCAAACAUUCUCUCUGUCUGUGCGUAGGCUAGGGAUUGAACAAGUAUCCAAACAAUUAGCUACGAUGACAAACAAGGUCAACAUGGAGGAGAUAAUCGCCUACAACAUGAAGGCCAAGUCUUACUGCCCAUAUGAUUUGAGCGUUCUCCGUAUGCCCAUUAAUAUAUGCACGGAAGAACAAAGCUUUCUUACCUAUGAGUCUUGGCGUUGUUUUUUCACAGCAAAAGAUUUGCAAGAAGCUUGGCCAGUGCUAAAAUCUGCUUUAAAAGAGAUCACUGCAGCAGCUGGAGGCUUCGAAAGUUUAAGUGCCCAAACCUCUUGUGCCAUAUCUUGGAGCAUUCUUGCACAUUUGUUUUCAAGGCAAUCUCCUUGAUUGUGUUGAAAGUUAAAGGAAAACACCUGUUCCCCUUUUGCUUUACACUUACCACCAUGUUACUUAGGGAACUAUCAUCGAAGAUGUCAACCUUGUGAUUUCCAAAUACAAGAAAAUAGCCAUGCUCUGUUAUCUGUCCUACACUUAGCAAAUUUUCAGCUAGACUAGGUACAAGCAUAACCUCCUUUAUAUACCUCUUACCCUUCAUUGUUUCAAUGAUCAGUGUCCCUUUUCCUGCCACUUCAACUAAAACUCCAUUGCCUACUUGAACCUUUGCUUUCACUCCUCUGACAAUGUCUACAAGCAAGUCUUCCCUGGAUGUCAUAUGAUUGCUACAUCCACUAUCUAUGUACCAUUCAUCACUCAUCUUCUUUACUUCUCCAGAAUGAUUAGCAAAGAAUAAGUUUCCGGUUUCUUCAACCUGAUUAGCACAGUUCACCUGCUGCACAGCCUUGUUUGUAUGACAAUAUUUUGCAAUAUGCCCAAUUUUGUUACACUUGUGACACUUGACCUUGUUCUUAAACCAACACUCUCCAUAGUGCAAUUUAUCACAGAAUUUGCAUUUA